AUGCUAGCUCGCCUAGCCCUUCCGGGGGAGGUCGCCCCUAUCCCUAUCCCUGUCCUAGCCCUAGAGCUAGGCGAAGAGCCUAUCGAGGUAGCGGACGGUCUAGAUAUACUAGCGGGAUAUAAAGUAGAGGUCGUCCGCGAGGGUCCUAGUCUCGAAGAUCGACUAUACCCUAGCGCUAAGCAGGGGCCUAGUACGCCGACGGCUAGUGAGCGUCUAGAGGAGCCGCGUCCGGACGAUAUCCCCCCGGUCCUCCUAGAGCCGACGGAAGAUAUCGUAGAAGAGGAUCAACUCGUCCUAGGCACGCUUAACGCGCCCGUAGCGCGCGCGGCGAUACGCGGGGAGGAAGAUUAUAGCCGCCUAGUCGACCUUGUUAGCAAGCUACGCGUAGCCUACGCGCGCGAGCGCGGCCCUAAGCGCUAUCCUCUCGCGGAUCCGCGCCUCGGACGACCUAGGGAGGGCGAGCCCCCGGGCCUCGAGGAGCGUAUCGAGCGUAGCGAGGACUACUCCGGUAACCCGGUACUCCUCGCGGGUACCGUACGAGCGGCCUUAGUAGCCUACGAGUACCGCGUAGUACUAGAGCUUAGUAUAGAGGUAGGCCUAGAGUACCGCGAGCGGGGAGUAGCUAAUAGCGCCGCCGAUAUACUGCUAGGUACGGACUAUCGCGGGGUCGAGCGCGAGAGUAUCGAGCCUAGGAUUAGUGAAGAGGUAGUAGUUCCCUACUACGAAGACCUUCUUUACUACGUUAUAGUGCUAGAUAUACCGGAGCCCCUACCGCUAGAUCGGGCUUAG